AGAUUGUUGUACAGUCCACGAUGUUGCUUGCUCGCACUGCGCUGCUCCUCCUGGCCACCGUCACCGCCACGGCGAACGCCCAGAACACCAAACAGGGGCUGCUUGAUUUCUACGCGACGCAGACCAAUCUGGAGGACAAGGCGAACCUCUUCGCCGCGCAGAACUACGGCAAAUACGCGCAGCCGAACGUCACUCAGCUUCAGAACAUCGCCAACCACAUCAAGAACUGCAGCGACGCGCUCGACCUUGCCACGAUCUCCGUCACGGGGCUCAUCCCCCGCGGCCUCAACUUCCCGCUGAUCGACGCUCCGGCGCAGGACACGAUCAACAAGCGCUUCAUCCCGCCGACCCAGAAAACAAUCACGGGCCACCUCCGCAAGCUGCUGAAAUACACCCCGUUCUACGACGACGUCCAGGCCAGCCCCGCGAUGAAGAUCAAGAUCUGCCACUGGGUCGGUGGCCUGGCGUAUCAGAACCUCAUAUUCCUGGGUCUCAUGGGGCAGGCCGCUCCGAUCUAUACGGACGCUUGGACACAGUUGCAGACGGAGGCUGCGAGUGUUUACAGCGAGUUCUUGGGCGAUAUCGAUGGGUUCGCAUGCGAUGGGCUGUGAGUGGACUUGUUCAGAGCGGUGGGAGCGGAGAGUAGUUCUCCAGUUUGUCUUGUUGCGUACUCUGUCAGAAAGGAGGAACUUGAAAAUAUUGUCCCUCGCGCUCCUGGAGCUCAAAGAUCGUGC